AUGGGUGACGAGGAUGAGCUGAAUGGAGACAAAAGCAGCAGUGAAGAGGACAUCUUCAUUGCGGUGCAUGGCACGGUUGAUCUUGACUCAGCUUCAGAUGAUUCUGAAUCCAAUGAACCUGCACCACGCCGUAACAUUUGUGACUUGAUAGGCCAUUAUCUGUUAGAUUACCCGUCGCCAGACAGUCCAGUAAGACUUACCAAUGGUAAUGUUAAUGCUGCAAAUGCUCAAGCUGCUGCUGAGAUGCUGGAGCGAGCCAACUAUACGGACAAGCCGGACACGCCCAAGUUCCUGCCGGCGGCCAAGCGCGUGCGUGCACAGCUGCAAGAUGUAUGUGGAUUCCUGUCGGCGUUAGCGGUGGCGUCGGACUACAAGGCUGGAGAAGAGAUUAUUGACGAAAAGAAAUUUGCCGACUGUGCCGAGUUCUUUCUUCAGGAGAUGUUUGAACUGGGUAGACGAUACAAGAUUAUGAACCCAGAGAAAAUGCGCGGUGAGUACGGCAAGCUCAUGUACUUGUUGCAGGACGCUGUAAGUCCGGAGUUGCAGGAACUGUUAGGAUUCUCUUGCCUGCAGAAAAUUCGCACUGUGCACGAUGUGGCGGAAGCUGGUGGUGCUUUGGAUAUGUUACGCGAUUCUCGCAUUCAGACUGCAACGAGGGUGGUUGCUCCUGAGGACAAAUCACGCUCUCAGAUUCAGCGCCAGAUAAAGCAGAAGGAGCAGGCAUUCAAGCUUUGA